UUCUCUAGCAUAGGGCUUCCUUACAGGUUUUAUUUCCUGAGUGAACACUUUUUUCGGUCCCCCCUCGUGUUUUUGCAUGCACAUGUUUUGUUCAGGAUCGGUCUCUUAUUCGUCAUAAGUUUGAUGAUAAAGCAAUUCGUUGUGUCUUUAUGGGCUAUUGCAAUCAAUUUAAGGGGUAUCGGUGUUAUGAUCCUGUUAGGCGUCGUAUGUAUUACAGUCUGGAUGUUACCUUUCUUGAGCAUAUUUUUUAUUUUUCUUCCAGUCCUAUGCCUACGCCUCCAGUUAAUGAUACUUCCUUUGAUUUUUCAUUACCCCCGGAGCCAGAGCUAUUGGUCACUAUCACUACAGAAUCAUCGGUCUCUCCUCCUCCAGAGCCACUCAUCCCUGGUAUCGAGUCACCAGCCUCUCUUCCUUGGCAGAUUUAUGUUCGUCACCCUCGCUCUCAUCCCCCUACUGAUAUCCCCUCUAUCUCAGGCAAUGCAUGUAAUAUUUCUCAGUUUGUUGAGCAUAUUAAUGCACUUAUUGUUAAUACUGAUGAGAUUGAAAGUACUGAGCCAGUUAUUUUACCUGAUGAGACAUUGUCAGUGGAGGAUGAUAAUUUAGAGCAUCGUUAUCUGUGACAUGAUUGUCGUCCAAUUGUUCGUUAUGGUUGGACUGUUAAGAUUUUAUACCCAAUCUCUGCUUAUGUUUCUUAUGGUGAUCUGUCUCCUAUAUUUCAGGCUUAUAAUAUGACCUUAUCAAAUACGUCGAUUCCUCGCUAUGUUUCAGAGGCUAUACAGGAGUCCCAGUGGGUUCUUGCCAUGUAGACAAAGAUGGAUGCUCUUCAGCGUAAUCAUACGUGGAAUCUUGUCUCUUUACCUUCAGGGGUGAAGCCUAUUGGUUGUUG